CGCUUCCGGUGCGCGCCCUAACUCUAUAAGCAAGGGAAUUCCCGGCGAAGGAAUGGGAUACGAACCGGCGAAAGUCGAUUCCGGUGGCAGAGUCGACAAUCGGAGCACAAAGGAGUUGGUAAUGUCUCUGAAGUCGGAGUUCCAGACGUCGAGUUUCGAGUUUGUGGCGUCCAUCUUGGCCUCUAGAGAAGAGAAGCUGAAGCGGGAGAUUGCGACCAAGGCGGAGGAGAAUCAAGGACUCUGGCUGGAGAAUGAGCAGUCCAGGUUGUUCAUUAUGAAAUUGGAGGAAGAACGGGAAAGCUGGAAGACGGAAGCUGAAAAGACGAAGAGAGAGAUUCACGGGCUCCGGCUGGAGAGAAAGCAGGCCAGGUUGGAGAAGAUGAGAUUGGAGGAUGAACUGAAAACCUGCAGAAUGGAAGCUGAAAAAGCCAAGGGUUUCGAGGAUCGUGUCAAUAGGCUUGGGGAGGAAAUGAAGAAGUUGCAAGCCGUACGGCUUGCUGGAUCUGAAGACGUCGGGAGAAGGGGAGUCCAAGAACCGCCGGAGAAUCGCGGAGAGAUUGUUCGUUUGACAACGGAGGGAAACGGGAUUUCCAGUGCUUCAGGUUGUUUUGAGUUCAAUUUUGUGCUUCUUUUCAUGGAUUGUUGAUUUCCUAUAGCUUCUUUUGAAUCUGAUGUUGUUGGGUUUGUGUUUCUUGGAGGGGCAGGAUUGAAGAAGGUUGAUGGCAACAAGCAAUUGAACAUGGAAAUGAACGUGAAGAAGGAGAAGGAAGAUUUGGCGAGUGGAGGAGGGAUUGAGGUCUGUAAGAGGGUAGCACUUGGCAUGGAGUUGAAUGUGAAGGAGAAUGAAGGAGGUGACAAGAUUGGAUUGAACAGAAGUGUCGAUCUGAAAUCCCAUCAAGCUGAUAGUAGCUCUGGAAACGCAAGACCAGCACCAGCUGGAGGCAUUUUUGUUGAGAUCAGUGAUAGUG